AUGGACAUGAGGUUCGCCCGAAUGCUCUGCGUGCUCUGCCUGGUCCUCACUGUCCGAGCAUUUACCCAGGAAGGGCUCAAGGAGGUGUUGCUGAAGCAGCUGGGGCUCUCUGAGGUCCCAAAACUUCAUAAGAGAGACAUGGAGGAUCUGGUUAUCCCAGCCCAUGUAAAGAACAAAUACUUCUCCAUGCUGAAGCGCCAGAGGGUGAGGCGCCAAGCUUUGCCGAGCCUGGCCAGCAUCCUCAGGGGGAUCCCUGGCAACGCAGAAGUCCUCUACUCUGACACCAUCAUGCGCCAGAACCUGAUCUUUGACAUGGAGGGCAGAAUACCUAAAAACAGUGAAGUGACAAUGGCUGAACUGAAACUUUUCAAAAAGCCUCUGGACAGAGCAAACCUGCCUGCCAGGCAGCCUCACAGGCCUGUAUCCAAUGCGAGAGUCAGCGUGUACUGGGUGCACCAGCAGCAGGAUGGUACCAACAGGACCUCCCUGAUAGACUCCAGGCUGGUUCCCAUCCGCGAGUCAGGCUGGAAAAACUUCGAUGUGACUCAGGCCGUGCAUUACUGGCUGCGGAGCAGGAGGCGGGAGCCAAUGUUCCUGGAGGUCUGGAUCGAAGGAGAAAGGGUAGGCAGCCAUGCCCUGGAAAUGGCCAAAGCUGUGCGCUUCACCUCUCAGGACCCUAAGGAUAAAGCCCUAGGCAAACCUGAACUGGUGCUUUACACCCUCGACUUGGAAAAAUAUGGGUAUCCAGGGGACUGCACGGAGGAGGCGGUGCCGGGGAAGUCCUCCUGCUGCCGGCAGAAACACUACAUCAGCUUCCGCGAGCUGUCCUGGGCGCAGCACUGGAUCCUGGAGCCGGCGGGGUACCAGGCGUUCCGGUGCCGGGGGGGCUGCCCGCGGUCCCUGCCCUGGCGCUUCGGCCCCGGGCAGCGCACCUGCGCCGGGACAGAGACCUCCCCUCUGCCCGUCAUCUACCUGGUGAAGAGGGGCAACCGCACCGAGAUCGAAGCGGCCGAGUUCCCCAACAUGAUCGUGGAGAAGUGCGGCUGCGUCACGGACGGCACAGCGCUGGUGUGA